AUGAGUGAGUUGGAAGCCAGUUUGGCUGGUGUGCUUGGCCAAGUGUCAAGACAGACCUGCCAAGCAGAGGAUCGGCUUACUUGGCUGGAAGCCCGGUUGGAGCAAACGCUUCCCUUAGCACAGUUGUUUGACCAGUGCCAGCGAGAUGCGAACACUUGGCUUAGCGAAGCAGAGGUUAGUGCGGAUCUUCUAGACCAAGGAGAGUUUACUAGUUCUGGCGAAGAUGCUUCUGAGACGACUGCUAGACAGCGACAGGGAGCAUUGAAGGUACUUCAUACCUACAAAAUCUCAUCCUUAAUGCCAUACCAAAAAUAUGGAAUAGCCGGUAGCUAG